ACCUUUUACCUUCCAGGUUAACCUACCAAAUCAAUUCGGCCUUUUUCUUCCGUUCUUUAUUCCUUCAUCCACAACAGUACCUGGGAUUAAUUCUGCACGGUUGCUGUUAUUGAUCAGUGAUACCAUCGUGGAUUGCUGCACAUCAUUAACACCUACUACAUACCUCCUUCUUCACCUUCUUCCUUCUCCUAAUUCCUACUUGCCGAGAUUAGUCCUUGCUAAUUCCUCCUCUACAUAUCUGGCAAUUAACAACCCACACUUCUGCGACAACGCGACAAUCGCAACAAUCGCAAUAAUCGAUAUCGCUGUCGCCAUAGCGCCGAUUAUCCCCUUUACUGCAGCUGCUUUGAGCCUCAGGCCACACGCGAGAUCGAUCCUAACAAAACCACACGUUACUCGUUGCAUAGUUGACCAUUGCCACGCGCGCACGCCAAAAUGGGUCUACCACUCUGGCGUGAGCCUUCGUCUUGUUCAUCUGGCGUUCCUCGUCUACCCCAUGCAGGAUCUCCGUCCCGUCCUGUUAUUGCUCGAUCACCCAUUACUCGUGUGUCCUCGCCACGUCACACUACCAUAUCUCCGCGACGUCGCCAGCUGCGCGAGGCUCGAGAACGUCGUCUACGUGCUUUGAGCGAACUUGUCGACAAUGACGAUGAAAUAACUCCAAGGGUCCCCUAUCCUCGCGCUGAUGCCGAUAAUACAUCAUCAACUUUCGACACCAACACGUUUUUUGAUUCGGCUAAUAAUGAGGUUGAUAAUUACCUUAAUACCCCACCUACCCAAGACGCGCGUGCACUCGAUCAGGUUGUGUCAUACCUGAUGGCCCGGGAACCACUCCUAAACCGGGACUCACCUAAUCUGGACUCUCCAGGCUUAUCUGCGGCCGAGCUCAUUCAGAGAAGCAACCGCGAUCCAUCACCCGAUGCGCCUGAUUCUCAAUGGCCUGAGUGGUCGCAUGGAGACGAUGGUGAAGUACGUAUUGCGCAAGCUAGAACCACCAACCUUCCCGAAUCGCCUGGUCGAACUCCCAGCCGGAAUUUCCGAGUCGCAACGGUUCCAUCUCGACAGUCUUCGCGUAAUCGUCGCCGUGCGCGUGUCCUUCAAACUCGCGGACUUGGUAGUGUGGUUAGUCGAGGAAGUCGAGGAUCAGGUCGAAAUGUCGACGGUCUAGGCGACCGUGAUCGUAGUCUAAGUCCCGAUGGGGAACGAUUGUGGGAUAACCUUCUCACUACAUUAACUCCGGAUCCUCAGCCUCCCAGCGUCGGCUCUUCAUUCGCAUCAACGACCGCUUCAACUUCAGCAUCGCAAAAUCCUACUGUCGCUUCGUCUCGCACAUCGAUCACUAGCCCGGGAGAGGCCGCCGAGCCUCCUUGCGAUCCGGUCAGCGACUUGGAGGGAUUUGCUUCGCGUGAUUGGGACCGUCAGGAUUGGUUCAACAGCGUACGAUCUAACGUGGAACUUUUGGCAGCCAACCCUGGCAGCUCAUCCGAAGAUUUGGCAUUCGUCUCGAGUAUGCAUGCUAUCAUCCGCCGUCUCGCUACUCGACAGGACAUUCCGGACGAAUGGUGGAGGCGAGCUGGGCUUAGCCGCUCGAUGUCAUGGGAGGGGGAUAAUUAGCAACUGGAACGGUCAGUUAUGAUUAAGUUCCAUGAUUACGAAGGGCGAAAAGGAGUUUUGGGCGAGGGGAGUUGGUCUGAUGAUUUUGUGGGCUAGUAAUGGCGUUCUGGAAAAUGUUGCACUGUGAACACGACAAUGCAGUUCACUGUGUUAAGGGACAAUGAGUCGGACCGGAUCGGAAAGGACAAAAAAGGAAGGGAAAGGAAAGGGACCGUACGGUUGACCUUGUGUUGUGUAUUAUCAUACGUGCGGUAUGAGUGUUUGAGUUCUAUGUUUUAGUUAUGAAGCCCUACUGCCAGGGCGAGAACAGACUAGGUCCUCCAUACCCGGUAUAGGCGUUCCCUGCUGAGAGUGCCUCUACUUAAUCUGAACCCGUUCACUGAA